UGCCGAAGCGUUUCCACUCAUCUUUCUGCGUCAGUUCAAAUAGUGAAGUGCUUUUUUUGUGGUGUUAAAUUGCGGAAACAAUACAGAAGUGUGUGAUAUUUCAAUACCAGGACAGAAAUGGCACGACUGGAGAUGUUUUAUAUCAUCGGGGCGCUGCUGAUAACACAAAGCGUCGCCAUAUUCAGAGUUCCGCUUUAUAAAACCCGGACCAUGCGCCGCCUGAUGAGCGACAAUGGGAAGCUGUCCCUGCCGGAGCUGAGAGCUUUAGCGACGGGCAACGGAGCUCCAGAGAGUGCCCCCUCCCCCUCUCCCUCCCCCUCUCCCUCCCCCAAAGUGCCCGUAGAGAGGCUCACCAACUUCAUGGAUGCGCAGUACUUUGGUCUGAUCAGCAUCGGGACCCCUCCUCAGGCCUUCACGGUUCUGUUUGACACCGGCUCCUCCAACCUCUGGGUUCCCUCCAUCCACUGCUCCUUCUUCGACAUAGCCUGCUGGGUUCAUCAUCGCUACAACUCGAAGAAGUCGAGCACAUUUGCUAAGAAUGGCACAGCGUUCUCUAUCCGGUACGGCAGAGGCAGCUUGUCUGGGUUCAUCAGCGGGGACACGGUCUCUGUUGCAGGUCUGCCUGUCCAGAACCAGCAGUUUGGUGAGGCGGUGAAGCAGCCUGGUAUCACGUUUGCAGUGGCUCGGUUCGAUGGGGUCCUGGGCAUGGCCUACCCCUCCAUAUCAGUCGCUAACGUCACCCCGGUGUUCGACUCGGCCAUGGCUGCCAAGCUGCUGCCCGAGAACAUUUUCUCUUUCUACAUUAGCAGAGACCCUAAAGCAGCAGUGGGGGGAGAGCUGAUUCUGGGGGGGACGGACCCUCAGUACUACACCGGAGACCUGCACUAUGUUAAUGUCACACGAAAGGCCUACUGGCAGAUCGAGAUGAGCGGAGUUGGAAUUGGGGAACAGCUGACUGUCUGCAAAGGUGGUUGCCAGGCGAUUGUCGACACGGGAACGUCCCUCAUCGUCGGUCCUAAAGCUGAAGUCAGAGCGCUGCAGAAGGCCAUCGGAGCUCUGCCCCUGCUGAUGGGAGAGUACUGGAUCGACUGUAAGAGGAUCCCAUCUCUCCCUGUGGUCUCCUUCAACAUCGGAGGGAAGAUGUAUAACCUGACGGGAGAGGAUUAUGUCAUGAAGGAGUCUCAGAUGGGUCAGGCCAUCUGUCUGUCAGGCUUCAUGGCGAUGGACAUCCCGCCCCCUGCAGGGCCGCUGUGGAUUCUGGGAGAUGUUUUCAUCGGGAAGUACUACACCGUGUUCGACAGGAACGCAGAUCGAGUCGGGUUCGCCCCCUCCAAGUAGCUCCCUGACCACUGUGUGGGAAAUAUGUUGCACUUCUUCUCAUUUCUAGCAGUUAUUUAACUUUCAAGGUGGCAACAAACCAAGCUAAAGGUCAGCAGCAAUGUUACUAGAAUGUAGUGCUUGAUAUUGCUGCAAUACCUGGUUUGCCACCUUUUUUUUAUAUUUCACAUCUGCUUAGAAUAAUGAGGUUUACAUGAGAAACUAGCUGCUUACGAGUGACGCAGAUGCUACAUUAGCCAGAUGCUACAUUAGACAUUUCAACAUUUAGCAAGGGGUGUAGAUGUUCGGCCGCUGAACAAAGGACUGCUUCCCAAAAUGUGUCUGUGAAUCCGAGUUUGAGCAUCUUUGAAAUGGCAGGAUUCAAUCAAAACUAUGCAAUUUGAGCAGGAUUUUUUUACAAGGGGGAACAAAUGCAACUAAAUUGUAAUUUACUUUCAUUUCCAACAUUUCCUGCUCCCAAAGUCUAAUGAUGUUGUUGCUUAAGGUAUCUCAGGAUAUUUGUCUUGCUAUGUGAAUUUUUAUUGCCAAAUAUCACUGAAUUAAAGUUUAAAUAUUUAACAAUA